AUGGCGGCGUCCGCGACGCACUCGCCGUUCGUGCCCACCCCGCUGGCGCCGCCGGAUGAUCCGAUGACGACGGAGCGCCUCCACCUCCUCAGGGAGCGCCUCGGGCAGGUCUCCGCGUUCACGGAGCACGUGAAGGAGUCGAUCUCGCCCGAGAGGCUCGCGCGCGCGGCCGCGACCGGCGGCUCGCUGCCCCCGAGCGCGGCGUCGUCGCCGACGUGGCGCGAGUUCGGAGGAGGAGGAGGAGGAGGAGGAGAUCCGUCUCUCGGCGGCUCGCGUUGGGGCGACUCCCCGGCGUACUCGCGACGGCCGGAGGAGCGCCUGAACCAGCCGUCGUUCGCGGGGAUGACGACGAGCGCCGCGCACGAAUCCCCCGCGACGUUCGCGCGCGACGGCGCCGCGAGCCACGGCGGCGACGCGAGGCGAUCGCUCGCGGACGAGCUCCGAGGAUUGCGCGGAGGGGGGAAGUCGGACGCGACGCCGGGACUCGCGAGGCCGGCGUCCGCGCCCGACGUCGGGGACCCGGCGCGGUACCCGUCCGCGAGGGACGCGAUCGACGCGGCGAUCGCGCACGCGAGAGCCGCGCGCGCGGAGUUCGGGACGGGGACGGGGACGGGGACGGGGUUCGGGUUCGGCGGCGGCGGCGGGAGUUUCCCGUCGACGCCCGCGACGGGAAUGCCUCCGCUCGCGCCGGCGCCGCCGUCGUCGUCGCGGUUCUACGUCCCGACGUCGAUCGCGUCCGACCCAGAGCUGAUGCGGCUGCAAGCGGAGCAAGAGUCGCGGAUGCGCGAGGCGCAGGUGAUGUCCACGGUGACGUCGGUGCAAGAGCGAUGCGCGUUGAAGCGAGAGCUCGAAGACGCCGACGAGCGCAACGUCGCGUUAACGAGAGAGCUCGAACGACUGAAGCGCCACUGCGACGCGCUCGAGAGCGCGCGGAAGAGCGAGGAGCGCCGCCGCCACGAGAUCGCGGAGCACCUGCGGCGGGUCACGUCGGACGCGAUGCGGCUCGCGGAGGAGAUGCGAGCGCGGAGCCGGUCGACCGGCGACGGCGACGGCGACGACGUCGACGACGCGGCGGCGGCGGCGGCGACGGUGCUCGAGGGCGUGGCCGCGGCGCUGAGCACGACCGGCGGCGACUCCGGCGGGUCCACGGCCGCGAUGCGCCGCGCGGCGGUCGAGGCGCGGAUGUACUCGCCGAGCCCGCUGAAGCGAAAGAUGCAGAGGGAGGUGAGGGUGUCGGACGCCAUCGCCGACGCGGCGGCGGCGGUGCGGACGCGCGGCGGGGAGUUGAGGUGCGUUCUAUACACUGGUCCCCAUACGAUCGCGUUGGCGAGGUGGACGCCGAUCCUUAAGGACUUUUCCCGGCGUGUCUCUCCGCCCACCCCUCGCUUUCAAUACCCGCCCUCGGCGCCUUUCAACUCCACCUGA